CCUCACACAUAGGGGGGGACCACUUUCCAAAGAGGGACAUUUGGAAGGUUAGCUGUACUUUGCAAAGCUCCAGCUGAAAACCUCCUCGCUGAAAGUAGCCAUGGACAACCAUUCGUACAACUUCCCCUCUGACUGUACCCCGCUGACCAACUGUAAGUCCGCCCGUAAGCCGGGUGGAUCCACCGUGGUAAACAUGGGCAACACCGGCAAGAAUCCUCCCCGGGACUAUCUCAUCUGGUCUCUGUGCAACACCUUGUACGUGAACUUCUGCUGCCUGGGGUUCAUGGCUCUUGUCUACUCAAUCAAGGCGAGGGAUCAGAAGACUCAGGGGAACCUGCAGCUGGCCCAGGAGUGUUCAGACAAGGCCAAGUGGUACAACAUCCUGGCAGCUGGCUGGAACCUGCUCAUUCCCCUCCUCGCCAUCGUCCUGCUCGUCCUCCUGCUCGUCCACCUCGGUUCAUCUCAGGGUUCCUACGACUUCUUUGGAGAGGAUGGCUUCCAAAACUUCAUGAAACUGUUCAGCUGGUAGAUGGAGGAGAAUGAGGAGAAGAAAAAAAAAACAGAUCACCCCCUAUAUGUCAUCGUAUUAAUAGGGCAUUUUAUCAGAAUAACCUGCAUGGAUAUGAAACACUGUGCUGGGCUCGCAAAAAACUAUUCAAGAAGAAAAUAACUACCAGUGAGUAAC